UCACAUUUGGUUGUACCUACACCGACCUAAAAAUGAAAUUGAUAAUCGUAGCUGCCCUAAUCGCUGUCACUUCAGCUGCCCGCUUAGAACACCUUGAACGUGGCUACCUUCCUCCAGACAAUAACUUUGGCACCAAUGGAUUUGGCUCCAACACUGGCAGCUUUGGCAAUGGUUUUAACUCUGGGAGCAAUGGCUUGGGCAAUGGCAUCAACCCUGGCAAUAGUUUGAACAAUGGCUUUGGUUCUAAUGGACAAGGCACCAACGGUAUUAGACCAAAUGGACAAAGCUCCUCUUUCACCAAUGGUUUUGGUACAAAUGGAAAUGGCCAAAGCUCAACCAUUUUUGGCUCCCAAGGCAAUGGAAAUGGUGGCUCCAAAGGUACUAAUGGUUUUAGUCCUAUUGGGGGUACAAAUGGUUUUACUGACGCUACCUCCACCCAGUAUCUUCCUCCUGGCCAAAGCUCUUCAGGAUCUGGACCUAGUUUUAAUUUUGGAGGAUCUUCGAUCAAGCCUGCAUGCUCUACCUGCGGUCAAUCCCGUUUCUCUCAACAAUACAACCAAGUUUCCUCAACAAUACCCGGUACCAGCUACGGAGUACCGCAAUUUGAUUCUUCCUUUGGCUCCAAUGGUGGAUCAAACGUUGGUACAAACUUUGGAUCAACAUCCGGAUCACCUGGUUCUACGUUCGGAAGUUCUGAACCUUCUGAUUCCAACGCUGGAUCUUCUUUUGGUUCUUCCAAUGGUAAUUUUGGAUCUAGUUCCUUCGGAUCUAACUCCUUUGGAUCUCAAGGAUUUUUAGGAUCUCAGGGAUCUUUGGGAUCUCAGGGUACAGCCAAUCGUCAGUACUUGCCACCUAGACCGUCUUCCCAGAAUCCACCUCAACAGCCUUUCGAUGAAAAAUACGGCUAUUUCUAUUAGAAAGUAAAUAAUAAUAA